UUGAAGAGCUCCUCAUUGGUCAAUCGCGUCACCUGCAUCCAAUCAGCGGCGUCCUCAGAGGCGCGUCAGGCCCCGCCCCCCUCAGUAGUACAGGUGAGUGAGUGCGGCGUCGAGAGCGCGAGCGGAGCAGCGUCAUGAGACUCGGUCCGAGCCACGGACUGUAUUAACCAGAACCGAACUGACCCGAGUGGACCCGAACUGACCCGAGCGGAGGAGACCUAGAUCUGGUUCCGUAUGACUUCAUGAAUGACCUCUGACCUCUGACCUGUGAAGCCCCGCCCCCUCCAGGCCCGUCCAAUCACGCGCAGCCGUAACGAUGGUUUGCCAUGACAAUGAGAGUAUCAAGUUCUUCUACAACAUCAGCAGGAAGAACAUCAGCGACACGUGGAGGACUAAAGACUACGUGGUGGUGUCUCUGGGCCUGCUGGUCUCUGUUUUCGUCAUCUUCACCAACAUCCUGGUCAUGCUGGCCAUCUUCAUGAACCGCAGGUUCCACUACCCCAUCUACUACCUGCUGGGGAACCUGGCGGCGGCCGACCUGUUCGCAGGCAUCUCCUACAUGUACCUGAUGUUCCACACGGGCCCCUGGACCAUCAAGCUGUCCACCAGUCAGUGGUUUAUCCGGCAGGGUUUGAUCGACACCAGUCUGACGGCGUCGGUCAUUAAUCUGAUGGCCAUCGCGCUGGAGCGCCACCAGACAAUCUUCACCAUGCAGCUGCACAGUAAAAUGAGCAACCACCGGGUGGUGCUGCUGAUCAUCGGCAUCUGGCUCAUCGCCAUACUGUUGGGUUUGGUGCCCUCUAUGGGAUGGAGCUGCUUGUGCAACACCAGUGUGUGCUCGAACAUGGCACCACUCUACAGCCGCAGCUACCUGGUGUUCUGGGCCGUGCUCAACCUGCUGACCUUCACUGUCAUGCUGGCCGUUUACAUGCGCAUCUUCGUCUACGUGCUCCGCAAGAACCACCGCAUGAGCCAGCACACCUCGCAGGUCAAGCAGAAGGAGACUGUGCUCAACCUGAUGAAGACCGUCGUCAUGAUCCUGGGAUGUUUUGUGGUGUGUUGGACACCGGGGCUGGUGCUGCUGCUCCUGGAUGGAUUGUGUGAAUCCUGUGAUGUUCUGACCUACGAGAAGUACUUCCUGGUGCUGGCCGAGUGCAACUCCUUCAUGAACCCCAUCAUCUACUCCUACCGGGACAAGGACAUGCGCGACACCUUCAAACACAUCCUGUGCUUCCCGUGUCUGGGUCCUCAGCAGACGGGCGAGUUCUCGGGUGUGCACUUCAACACCGUCAAGCAGGAGCGGAGACGGCGUGUGCUGCAGGACUCGUGGCUUGCUCGUAAGACUCGUGACGCAGACGGAGAGCAGGCGAACAGAGGACAGCUGGUGCUGAAGGAGACGGAGAACAUGCUGGACUCCAGCGAGAGCUGAGGAACGUCUGACUGGGAAUCAGUUCCUUGUACAUAUGGUUUUAUUUAAUUCCUGUCCUCCUGUUGAAGCUGGCGCAUGGUUUUUAUGUUGUACUUGAAAGCAGGCGACAGACAUCAAUCGUGUUUGCAGUCGUCUGCACUAAUACUGAUUACUAUCCUCUUCUCCAGAAGCUUUCUUUAUUUAAAAACAUUAGAAUCAAUGAAAUAAAUCAAUGUUGUGUAGAUUUUAAGGCAUUCUCAGUUGAAUAAACCCUUUUCUGAGUAACUUUGUUUCUUCUUUGGUUGAGAUUGAUUGUUUCUGUCAUGUUUUAUUUAGUUUCUUCUCCUCCACCACAUUAUUUCUGAUCAGACCUGAGCUUCAGAUGACUUUGUGACUCGGACACGAUAGCAAGAGAUUAUUCUGAUCUAAAGACAAACGUAAUCAUGACCGCCAUUAUUGUAGACAAUCAUUUUAAUCAGAAUUCAGUCAGAAUUAUCAAAAUUAGACUUGAUGAGAAUUACAAUUAUAUAAUUAUGAAUUGGUAUUCCAUCUCCAACAAUCAUGGCUUCUUAUUUAAAAGUAUUUCAUGACUUUGACUUGUUUUCUCUUGUUCAGAGCUUCAGAUGACUUUAGCAGACUUAUUGCAGAGGUCAUAUUUACAAUAUUUUGUGUCCUUUUUUAAAGUUUGACAUGAUUAGGACGUGAUGACAGAAAGAGAGAUAUAAAUCUCAGGAAUGCAGAGAUGGAAAGUAACGAAUUACAUUUACUCGCGUUAUCUACUUCUACUUUUUAAAAGUAUUUUUUUCAUCUGUAAAAGUUGUAAAACUGAUUCCUUGAGUUAAAACCACUGGUUUGAGAUGAAUAGGCCUGUCCCAGGGGUGUCAGAUCUGUUCCUGGAGGAGUUUGGUUCUAUCCCUGCUCAAACACACAUCAUGAAGUUCUCAAACGAGCCUGAACGAUGAGAUUAGCUGGAUCGGGUGUGUUUAAUUAGGGUUAAUUAAACACACUCGUGUGUGUGUGUGUGUGUGUGUCGCUGUCAGAAUCAGAUCCCAGAGGAAAUGACGAGUAACUCUUCGACAGAUGCCGACACAGAUGAUCUCGAGUGUAAUAGUGAGUGCAGACUAACGACAGGUGCGCGUGCUCGCUGAACCGGAUCCGGUUCUUCCGCAUUCACGCGUCACGUGAUGUGUAGUGAGUCUCGGUCCAAACCGGUUCACACCAUAUGAACCAUAUUAUGCCUUUAAUCAUCUGAGGGCCAAGCACAUAUAAGUACAUUACACACAAACUACAUAUAACAAUGAGACGAGUCGUGGAGAAAACACAUUCCAAUAAUACUUCAAAUUCAUAUAUAUAUGCUUUGUACAUUAACUCUGUAUCAUAUUUAAUCUGAAAUUACUUGUACAGACAGUUUAAGACAGAACUUCUGAUUUUAAGUUAAAAUAAGGACAUUUUUACAGUGCAUACAUUAAUUUUAAAGAUCCAUUUUACUGUGUGAGGAAAGCAUUGUCUUUAUAGAGAAUGAUUGUUGUUUGCUAAAUUAAAUUGUCACUUAAUUGAAUCCAAAGUAAAUUACAAGUGAUAUCUGGAAAUAACAAGCUGUAAUUUUUUUCUGUUGGAUGUAUAAACCUCACCCUUUUAACAACUGAAAAUCAAUCUUAUUUGUCACAAUGUUAGAUGAGUAAUGAGGAUCUCUGUCUCCCUCUGCUGGAGGAGCAACAACUGUUCAACGAGGUUAGUUUAUUCUGUUUCAGCUUCGAAUGAAGAUCAGCAAACGCAGAAUAUAUUUGUUCAUUAAAUGUUAUUAAUUGUUUGCAGUUUUAAAUGUUUCUUCGAUGAUUACAGCACUGAUUUGCCAGAGGCAGCCCAUCGAUAGAAUACACUACAAGUAAAUGGGCCAGCAGAUGUUAGAUAUUUUCUCAUGUCAUCUCAUGUCACUGGAUAAGUUUGUCGUCUGAAGUUGUGUAUCAUAUGGUGGCACAAACUUGCUCACUGUAUUGUAAAAGUGUAAGGUGAGAAAUAAAGAACAAUAUAAAGA